AUGGCGCCCAUGGCAAUGCCCAGCGACAUGCAGGUGGCCAUGCCGGCCAUGCCGGCCAUGCCGGCCAUGCCCGACCCCAUGGCUUCCGUGGCUCCCGUGGCUCCCAUGGCUUCCGUGCCUUCGGCGCCGGAAAACGCGGAGCCGGGCAUCGGGGCGCCGAUGGCGGCGGAGUUGCAGGAAGCGCCGCAGGCAGAGGGCGCUGAGGACAAAGGAGAGACCGCCGGCGCUCGAAGAAGCGCAGCCGCUCGCGGGAGAAGAAGCGGAGCCGCAGCAGGAAGAGGAGCCCGCAGCCGGCGACGGAAGAAGCCGCCGGUGGAGGAAGUGGAGCUCACGACCGCGGAGGAGAUCAUGAUCCUGGAUCCGGAGGGGCAGAGUGUGCCGCCCGCCGCCUUCAACACCUUCGAUGAGUGCCCCUUCCCCCCGGAGAUCAAGGAGGAGGUGAAGCGCUGUGGCUUUGCCAAGCCCAGCCCCAUCCAGAUGUAUUCCUGGCCGCUGGCGGUUCAGGGCAAGGAGACAUCAUUGGCAUCGCCACCACCGGGAGUGGGAAGACCAUCGCCUUCUUGUUCCCGGCCUUCCAGUACAUCAUCGAGACGAAGGCCAGGGCAGACGAUCCCACGCUGCUGUGCCUGUCCCCCACGCGCGAACUGGCAGUCCAAGUGGAGAACGAGGCCCACAAGUUCGGCAAACACUGCGGCAUCGUCACGGUGUGCGUCUACGGGGGCCAGAACAAGCGCGAGCAGGGCCGAGACCUGGCCAAGGGCUGUCACUGCUUGGUCGGUACCCCAGGCCGGCUGA